UAGAUGUCGCCAAGUGCUUGCACAACUAGUCCUGCCUCGCCCCACCGAAAUAAUUGGAGGUAAUAAAACCGUCUAACACUAGAGGGUGACAUUUCUCUUGUGACAUUUCAAUCACCCCAUGAGGUGACAUUAGUUGCCAAAGUUCAAUGAAAUGAAAGAAAAUAAGAUGCAUAUUUUCAAACCUUUUGCACCAUUAAAGGGGAAGCCAACUCCCAAAAAAUCUUUAGGUUGUAAAAUCUUUAAGUUGUAUGUGCCUCCACUGGUCUAACGUCAUCGAGUCUAUCCCUCAUUCCCUUGUGUUAAUAGGGCUGGUGGCAGUCACGUGAUACCGCUCACUCAAGUUGUUUCCACUUUGUGUCCCAUCAGCAACUACUUUGAAGACUGAAUGACGUAGAGCGUAGAGUGGCUGUAACGAAUUAAAAAAAAUAGAAAUAAAUAAUAAUCAUGGAUUUCGUGGAGCGGAGGAUAUCAGUAUGGGUGUGCGCAGAGGAGAAGUUCGUCGUGGGCUUGUCUAAACGCACAACCUGCGCCGAUGUAGUCAAAGCGCUCCUGGAGGAUAUAAAACAACCUGAACCAAUGCUGCUGCAUCGCUACUGCAUCGCGGAGAAAUGGAGGGGCCUCCAGAGGAUUCUACCAGACCGGACCAGGAUUUGGCGUCUUUGGGUGGCGUGGGGAGAGGAGCGGGAUCGGGUGAGGUUCGUGCUUGUGGGCUUUGGCGAGGCGGCCCGGAGCGCAGAGGCGCGCGUGGUGCUGCUUGGCAAACCCAACCUUGUCUCCAAAUGGACACCGGACUCUUCCUUGGCGGAGGUCUCGCCGCACAAGCAGCGUCGGAUAGUCAGAAAAGCUUUCAGAAAGUUGGAGAAGAUGCAGCAGAGAAAGCAGCCUUCUUCUUCUGGCGCAGAUAAGAUUCAGGCUUUGGCGCAUCUUGUGGUCUCCCAGGAUCGCACCAUCCGCGUGCAGGCUCUCAGGAUUCAACAGCUGGAUGCUGAAAUUGGAAGGCAGGAGGCCAAAGUGCAUUUGGAUCGGACCCUAACUCAUGGCGUCAAUUACGUGCAGAACACUCAUUUAUUUGAGGAUGCAGCAGCUGAAGGCUCCAGCCAAGAGCCGUGCUCUUUGGAAGGCUUGCUUCACCUGUGUGACGUCAUGUGUCAGGGGGAGCUGUGGGAGCAGGAGUUGUUUACCAUGCAGAUGAAGGAGGCGCUCAACCACCACUGGAGGCGAGGAGGUGGGGAAGACUCAGCAUCCUUCAUUACAGGAGGAGACGAGAUGUUUUUGAAGGAACGGCUGAGGAGAUUGCUGGAUGCAACUUUGGACGUGGGCCUGCGCCUCCACUCGGAUUUGGAGGCUAUUAGGGGCGAUUUGGAGCUGAGCCGGCAGAUUUGCAGCAGUCGCGAGGAGGAGAUGAGGGAUUUGCUGGAGAAAAUCAACUCUUUGGGUUCGGAGGACGGGGCUGACACUGAGGGGGGGACAGAUGAAGCUGAGAGGAUGAGGAGGAUGAUGAGCAGUUUGGAGAGGAAGCGUGAGUGGGUAGAGCAAGCUCGAGGUUUGUCCAAAUGUCACAGAGGGAAUGAUGACGACUCAGACACAGGUUUAAGCUCCCUCCACAGUCAGGAGUCUGACAGCCUCACUGUGUGCCAGUCUCUGGUUUAGAGUUGGACCUGCCUGAAUCAUGCCUCGAACUUUACAGUAGAUAUGGCCUUGCCUGGCCAUUGUCUGUGUCAAAUUUGAGCCAUGUUGCUACCUGGCUCAUCUCUCUCACUCUACAACUGAGCCAACCUGAACUUUAAGACUCCAGAGCUACACCAGUCAGGACCACAUUUUUUUACUAAAAACUGGACCUUCUGAACCAUGUCUCUUACUCUCGACCUAGACCAGUUAAGCCUUUGUGUGUGUGUGUGUGUGUGUGUGUGUGUGUGUGUGUGUGUGUGUGUGUGUGUGUGUGUGUGUGUGUGUGUGUGUGUGUGUGUGUGUGUGUGUGUGUCUUGGCUUUUUCCCACAUGACUGAAUGGAAUUGCACAAAUGUCAUGUUCUGAUUACAUGAAGAUGUCUGAGGCCACUUCAAGUGCAUUCCAGAAAGUGGAGUACUCCUCUCGUCGAAGCUCAGUCCGCCAUGUAGACAAAGGUUGUGAGAACCUGCAAUGGAGACUCUUUUGUUGUUUCCUUCUAAAUAGUUACCCCCCCCCCAAGUAAUACAAAAAAAAAUUCACUUUUUUUCAGC